AUGGCUAAGGAUAUUGAAAUCUCUACUGCAGAGGCCCAGUUCAUUGUUGGUGCCUUAAAAGAGAGGUACAGGCUUGAUGGAAGAUCAUUUGAUGAGUUCCGUGAAGUAAAGAUAAAAUUUGGUAACGAAUACGGAGAUGUGAUGGUGGAGAUGGGAGAGACUAAGGUCCAUGUGAGAAUCAGUUGUCAGGUGACCCAACCAUAUGAAGAUAGACCAUUUGAAGGCCUAUUCCUGAUAUCAACAGAAAGUACACCGAUGGCAGGUCCUCAAUUUGAAAAUGGUACAAAUACCAGUGGUGAUGAAGUAUUAAUCUCAAGAAUCAUAGAGAAAGCGAUUAGGAGAUCAGGUGCUCUGGAUGUAGAGGGGCUUUGUAUUGUUGCAGGAUCCAAAUGUUGGGCCGUCAGAGCAAAUGUUCAUUUUUUGAACUGUGAUGGUGGAUUUAUCGAUGCAUCGUGUAUUGCUGUUAUAGCGGGAUUAAUGCAUUUCAAAAAGCCUGAUAUCACGGUACAUGGUGAGAAAGUCAUUGUCCAUCCACUCGAUGAAAGAGAACCUGUUCCACUGGGUAUACUGCACAUCCCAAUUUGUGUAACUUUUUCAUUUUUCAAUCCACAAGACACUGAAGAAAAUAUCAAAGGUGAAAGCAACCAAGAAAUUGCUAUUAUUGAUGCAACUCUGAAAGAAGAACUGCUCAGAGAUGGUGUCUUGACGGUGACGUUGAAUAAGAACAGAGAAGUGGUACAAGUUUCCAAAGCCGGUGGGUUACCAAUGGAUGCUCUGCAGCUCAUGGAAUGUUGCCACAAAGCAUACAGUAUCAUAGAAAGGAUAACGGAUCAAAUAAUAAACCAAAUCAAAGAAGACUACAAAGAAAGGGAAAAAUACAAGGCAUUGUUGAGUUCAGAAAAUGCUCGUGAUGCCUCAUAA